AUGGAAAAACCUGUUGGAAUAAAUAAUAUUAUUAAUGAAGUUCAAUGUAAAAUAAAGGAAGUAUAUAAUAAAUUACCCAAAAAAGGAAAAGAACAAGAAAAUGAAUGGAGUGUUUUAGCUUCUCUUAUUGCAUUUGAUAAACAAAAAAAAGAGUAUGAAAUUCUUUCUAUAGGAACAGGAAGUAAAUGUGUUACAAGCAAACAACAUAACAGUAAUAUUAUAAAUGAUUCUCAUGCUGAAGUGAUUUGUAAAAGAGCAUUUCAAGUGUUUUUAUUGGAACAAAUUUCUAAAGAACAGUAUAUAGAAAAGGUAAUUUCUAAAAGUGAAACAGAAGCAAAAUGGAAAUGGCGGUAUGACAAAUAUGAUUUGAUUUUUUAUAUAAGCCAAGUCCCAUGUGGUGAUUGUUGUAUCUCAAGCAAUGGAACAAUUAAUAAAGACAUUGAAACUGGAGCAAAAAGGAUUAUAAAUAAUUCUAUAGAACAAACUAUUGCCUUAUGGGAAGAAAAAGAUAUCAAAGAUGGUAUUGGAAAGACAAGGAUUAAACCUGGAAAAGGAGAAAAGUCAUUAAGUAUGUCAUGUAGCGAUAAAAUAUUGAAAUGGGAAGUUCUGGGUAUUCAAGGAGGAAUUUUGGCUAAUCAUUUUGAAAUGAUAAGACUUAAUCUUAUUAUUAUAGAAAAGCCAGCAGAUGAAGAUGCAGUCAUGAGAGGAAUUCAUUUAAGAACAAUACAAAUGAACACUUUAUUCACAGAAAAAAAUUACAAAGUUAACAUUCCACCUUUUAUUUAUUUAAGUCAACCAAGUUAUCUUGUAAAACACAAAACUGAAGGAUUGUCUGCUGCUGGUGGUUCCAUUAAUUUUAUUAAUGGAAUGAAUGAAGAAGUCACAUUAGGAGCACGAGGUGUUAAGUUUGGUGCAGGAAAAAAAGUUGUUGAUUCUCAAAGAAGUCGUUUGUGUCAAAUGAAAAUAAGAGAAAAGUACAGUGAUGUAUUUCAUAUUCAAAAAGACAAAAUACAUCCAGAUGAUGAAUAUUAUAAAAGAAAAGUAUUUUUCAAACAAUGUGUUGAAGGAGGAUGGACAAUUAAAUAA